UUUCGGAGAACCAGUUGGUACAUUCCAUCUCUCCUCCUCUCUUCUCUCAUUCUCCUCCCUCCUGCUUCCAGUGUCCUCCAUCUCUCCGCUUUCCCUCAUUUUCUGUUAUUAAGGACAUUCUCACUUCCAGAGUCUGCCGCAGUUCUUCCUCCAUCUGUAAUCCCUGUUAUCUCUACAGUGAUUUGGAGAGGUAUGUAAAAUCCAAAUUAGCUGUUAUCGCAUCACUGCAGGAUUUGAUUGGAUUGCAUUUUUCUGUAGACUUGUCUAGCCAAUGUUUUGUAUAAUGCAAACUGUUAUGAAGCCCUUGAUUAAAUUUCAGAUGUGUUUUUCCAUAUCCUUAUUUUUCCCUCUUUGAAUUCUUUGAUUUCCUCACAGUUACGUUGCUUGUGUCUCUCCUCCAUCUUGUCCUCCAUUUAUAGCAGAUAUGACUCAUGCGGUUUCACAGUUAGAGAACAGAGAGCAAAACAGAGGAAGGGGGUUGAAUCCACACAUUUUUGCAGCAGGAUUAUGAUCUUGUCAGGAUCAAAUAAUGCAGAUUGGGCUUUUGACUAUGAUUAAGCUUUGCAGCUGCAACAUCAUUAGCUCUUCCAUGACUAAACUAGCAGACUAGUGGAAGAAAAAGCGUUACGCAGCAAGUUGUCACAAGAUUAUUUGUCCACUCAAAGACAGCUGUGACCAAAAUAAACCGUUUCCUGUCCUUUGAGCGAUGGAAUGUGCCCAUCAAUGUCAUCUUUUUCCAAGGUCACUUUUAAGGCCCCACCACCACAGGACUGCUUCACUGCUGUACGGUGACUCGUUGAUUUUAAGGGCUCUUUUCUCUGUCAUUGUAUCUUCAUUCAACAGAGCAGAUAAUAGGAUGUGUGAGCCUAAUUUAGAAGAUAAUCUGUCUUUGUCUGUUUGCUGUUUUUCCCAGUGAAGCAGCACUGAGCUGACCUUAUAAAGACUCCACCAGACCAGACCAGACCACACCUCUGUCUCUGAGUCCAUGGAAGCCAAGGCCAAGUCCGGGGCUUCGGCACCGAAGGCAGCAGCCAAAGCAGAGAAGAAAGAGCCAGCAGUCUCACGUAAGAGUGACCCUGCACCUGUAGCACCUGAGCCCGAGCAGCCCCCUCCUCAGGAUGGAGCAGCAGAGACAGAAGCAGCAGGGGAUGAGGCUGCGGCCUCUGGCACAGACUCUCUGGAACAACUGAAGCCUUUCCUCAUUGGUGGUGCUGUAAUUGCAGCAGGAGCCAUCUUGCUGGGAUUGCUGCUACUGGCAAGGAGAAAUUAAAAACCAAAUCAUCAUGUGAAGUCAUGGUAUUUAUUGGUUAACGAGUGAGAGCGCCAUUGUUAAGUGGUUCACAGACUAUGAUACCUUAGGGAAGGGGAGCCACUGUGCAUCUUGUUUUCUGUUUUUUAGCCUGCUUUCACUUGAAUGAAUCAAACCGUUCCAGUUUUGAUUGAGGCUGUAUAUGAAGCAUAUUUACAUAUAGUAUAUGCAUGAAGUUACUUCAACACCACAUCUAAAGUGUAAUAAUCUAUUCUUAAAAAAAUGUCACUGUAGUACAGAGCUUUGGAGCCUAGACUGUCGAAAACUAGUUUAUUCAACUGCUUUAUCUUCUCGAAUCCAGUUUGCACAAAUGUUGACAAAAGCUUGCAAUAUUUGUACAUUCUUGUGCUGGAAAUGUGAUUGGUUCACUUUGCUCAAAGAUCAUGAGGAAAUCUUUUCAUAGCAUCGAAACUCCGGAUAAUAAUGCUGGCUACCACUGUCGCCCCAGGCUUUAUUUUACUUCUGCAUCAGACAAUUGAAAGAUGUGAUGUAUCACACACGAUGUGGUUAAAUCAGUGGCAAAGACAAGAUAUUCCAUCUCUCUUUCCUUAGAACACAGGGAGAGACGCCUUGCAUCCCUGAUAAUCGAAGAAAAAAAUCUAAAAGUAAGUGCCACAGAGCAAUUUAUAAAUCAACUUUUUCAGAAACAGAAAGUAUGAGCAUGCAAAGAUUAAGGAACAGGAUAAUGGGAAAUGUCAGAGAAAAAAAGAUGUAGUAGGUGACAGUGAACAAUAGCUCCGUAAUGUCUUGCUGUAGAGUAAGAAAGAGUUUACCUAUAUUGUAAAAUGAUGUCACAAAUCAGUAACCUUUCAUGUCUCACACCAACGCUGGUUCAAUUUGUUUACAUCUUACAGCUGAUGUAGCUGGAGCAAUCUGAACAGCCACUAGUGUUUCAGUUUUGCUGCUGCUGCAAAUCUUCACCUGUCCAGAUGUACACAAGAUUGUCCACUCACAUGUAAAGCUCAUUGGGUUGUUCCUGUUGCAUAAGUAGUUAGCUGAUAGACAGUUGUGAUACACACCAUCCCUUGAUAUCAGUUGUAAGGAUAAAUAUGAAUUUUAGAUCUUCAUACUGGCUAAAGAAUAUUGUAUAAAAAUACCACAUUUACCACAGUUAACAACCCAAACACAUCUAAAAGAUAAUAUGCCAACACCAAAAAAUCUUCACCUUACAUUGUACAAUACAGUGUACCAAAAAAGAUCCUAUUUUCAUAAUUUCAACAGCGUAUAAAUGCAAUAAUUCAGGUAGGUCUCCUCAUUUAGCACCCGUGCUGUAGCAAGUUAAAUUAUAUAAAGGUGAUGUAAUAAUACUGUUAGGAUGAUAAUGUAUGAUAUAAGUGGUGGCAAUGACUGCAAGAUGAAGAUGACCAUGAUUUGAUGAGGUGACUGUAUUGAAGAUUAUGAUGGUUAUGAUAUAUUUUUGAUAUAUUUCUAACAUGUUUUCCUUAUGCACCCCCCUCUCUGCCCCCAAACACCUAAUGUAAAAAACAGAAAGGCUGUAAUCUAAUCUUUAUUAAAGUCAGUGAACCAGUCCACAUGUGUGUUUCUCUGAUGAGUGUUACAGAUUUGCUCACAACUGUUUAGGAUUCGAAAGCAUAUGCGAGUUAGAGCUCCGGCUAUGUUGGUUAAUUAGAAGAAAAGAUGUCUUAAAUAGAACUCAUCAUUAACUGGAGCUUUCAUGAUUCAUUCACAGUUGCAGACAGUAUGGACUUAUCUAGAGAAGACAUAGGCUUAUUCAGUACUAGAUCUCCUGCAUUAAAAUCUUUCAGACUCAGA